ACUCUAUGAUGACAAGGUAUUCACCAGUCUGAUUACUAGGGCUUGACUUUGAAGAGGAUUUGGCACUAUUGGGUUUGUGUGCUAUGCAAGUGCUGCUGCAGGAAACUGAGGGGAGAGCAUGGUCCAGCUGGGAAGCCAGGACAUGAUUUAGAGCUCCAAGAGGAGAUCCUGAGAGGUCAUGGCAUGAAGCUGUGAGGAUGAAGCCUGGAUUGCCUUUUAGACCACAAGAUGAGUCAGAGCCGCAGUGAGGAAAUCCUGAGAGUUCAUUGCAGGAGGCUGUGAUGGUGAAGUCAGGAUUGCCUUUGAGACCACAAUAUGAGUGCAGUGACCUAUGACGAUGUGCAUAUGGACUUCAGUGUGGAAGAGUGGGCUUUGCUGGAUUCUUCCCAGAAGAAUCUAUACAAAGAUGUGAUGGUAGAGACUUGCAGGAACCUCACUGCUAUAGGCUACAGUUGGGAAGACCAUAAUACUAAAAAACAUUGUCAAAGUUUUAGAAGGCAGGGCAGGAAUGAAAGAAAUCAUACUGGAGACAAACUCACUGAAAUUACUCAAUGUGUUAAAGCCUUUGCAUAUCACAAUCAUCUUCAAAUACAUAAAAGAAGGCAUACUGGAGAGAAACCCUAUGCAUGUAAUAAAUGUGAUAAAGCCUUUGUAUGUCAGAGUCAUCUACAAAGACAUGAAGUAACUCAUACUGGAGAGAAACCUUAUGAAUGUAAUCAGUGUGAUAAAGCCUUUGCACAUCACAGUAGUCUCCAAACACGUAAAAAAACCCACACUGGAGAGAAACCAUACAAAUGUAAUCAAUGUGAUAAAGCCUUUUCACAAUACAGUAUUCUCCAAAAACAUAAAAGAGUCCAUACAGGGGAGAAACCCUAUGAAUGUAGUCAUUGUGGUAAAGCCUUUUUAUAUUACCGUGAUCUCCAAAGACAUGAAAGAAUCCAUACUGGAGAGAAACCUUUUGAAUGUGAUCAGUGUGAUAAAGCCUUUUCACGACAGUGUAAACUUCAAAUACAUAAAAAAACUCAUACUGGAUACAAACCUUAUGAAUGUAGUCAGUGUGGUAAAGCCUUUGUAUGUCAAAAGAGUCUCCAGUUACAUAAAAGGACUCAUUCUGGAGAGAAACCCUAUGAAUGUAAUGAGUGUGGUAAAGCCUUUGUAUGUCAGAAGCGUCUCCAAAGACAUAAAAAGACUCAUACUGGAGAGAAACCUUAUGAAUGCAAUCAGUGUGGUAAAGCCUUUGCACAUCACAACAAUCUUCAAGAACAUAAAAAAACCCAUACUGGAGAAAAACCAUACAAAUGUAGUCAAUGUGAUAAAGCCUUUUCACAAUACAGUAAUCUACAAAAGCAUAAAAGAACACAUACUGGAGAGAAACCCUAUGAAUGUAGUCAGUGUGGUAAGCUCUUUGCUUAUCAAGAGAGUCUCCAAUUACAUAAAAGAACACAUACUGGAGAGAAACCCUAUGAAUGUAGAGAGUGUGGUAAAACCUUUAUAUGCCAAAAGAGUCUCCAAAUACAUAAAAGAACUCAUACUGGAGAGAAACCUUAUGAAUGUAAUCAAUGUGGUAAAGCCUUUGCUUAUCAUAGUAGUCUCCAAGUACAUAAAAGAACACAUACUGGAGAGAAAGCAUACAAAUGUAAUCUAUGUGAUAAAGCCUUUUCACAAUACAGUUAUCUCCAAAUACAUAAAAGAAGACAUACUGGAGAGAAACCUUAUGAAUGUAAACAAUGUGAUAAAGCCUUUGCAUGUCGAAGGAGUCUCCAAAGACAUAAAAGAAAACAUCCUGGAGAGAUAGAUGCCAUAUGAAUGAAAUUAGUGAGGUAAAGCCUUUGCAUAUCAAAGUAGUCUCCAAAUAUAUAAAAGAAGACAUACUGAAGAGAAACACUAUGAAUGUAAUUAAUGUGGUAAACCCUUUGCAUAUUAGCAGUCUUCAAAGUCAUAAGAAAAUAAUCAUACUGCUGAGAAACCCUACAAAUGUCGUUAGUGUAGCAAGAUUUUGCAAUUCAUGGUAGUCUUCAUACAUGAGUAGAACUUUUAGUGUGUAAUUGGGCUGUUAAAGCCUGUGCAUAUCACAUUAAUUGGUGAUGAUCUGAAAAAAAAAAAAACAAUACCAAAGGUAAUCUAACUAUAAAGGAUUUGGUAAGAUCAUUAGCCAACAUAUGUGCAUUUAGUUACACGAGAUUAUUUUUCUGGAGAAAAAAAAAUCUUGCAAGUGUCAACAAUCUCUUCAGUCAUUAUGAUGUCUUUAUUUUGUUUGUACUUGUAACUCACAUAAACAAAAGGCCUAUGAAUUUAAAGUAUGAAUCAACUCUUAGAUUUCUUCUCUUCAAUCACAGAAAAAAAGAAAUCCAUGAGUAAGCUUUUAUGGAUGUGUAUUAGUGCCUUUUCUACUACUGUAGUAAAACAAUGCCUACGUCAACUUAUGAGAGAAUUUGUUGGUUCAUGGUUCCUGGGAGAUACUGGAUCACAAUGAAAGUGGCAUGGCAACAAUUGUCAGACAGGGAAGGUAAAGCAAGAAGCUAAGAACUUACAUCUUUAACCUGAACCAUGAAGCAGAGAGUAGGAACUGGAAAUGGUGUAUGGAUGAAAACUCCCAGCCCCACCCCUAGUGACAUAUUUCAUAAGCAUGGCAGCAUUUUCUAAAUCUUCUGAAAUGACACCACCAACUGAGAAGGAAUGAUUUCUCUGACUAGAAAACUAGCCUACAUGCUAGUUUUCCAUUAUAUGAACCACUUCACAAUGAAGAAAAUCUCUAAAACAAGAAUAUCUUCCUGUUUCAUGAAGAAGAUGAAAACAGCUGGGUUACUGUUGAGAACAACCGAGAGAACACCACACACCAAUGUGUAGAAUCAAUAAGAACGUAAUCUUGGCCCUGUUAACACUGACUAGUUCUGCAUUUCUGCUGUUUCAACUGUACUACUACAAGCACUGUUUGUCACCAAAGCAGUACCUUGAGGAUAACACUGUGGAUGUUAUGGCCUUUCGGAGGAGGGCAAAGGAAUUACUGCAACUAGCAGCCAAUACAUUAUAGAAAUUGGGAGUACCCUUCUGGCUGAGCAGUGGAACUUGUCUAGGAUCUCACUGUGUAGCUCUGGCUGUCUGAAACAGGUUGGCCUAAAAGUGUCAGCCAUCAUAUCUGAUUUCAUUCAAACUUUUGAGGAAGCUGAGCACUCAGGCCAGGGUGGAAGACAGCUUGGAACUCUCCUUCCAGGGAAAAGAUGACGUCAAACUUGACAUUUUUUUCUUCUAUGAAGAGACUGACCAUAUGUGGAAUGGAGGCACGCAGGCCAAAACAGGGAAAAAGUUUAAAUUGUCUCUACUGCUGCAGUUUUUCAUCAGGUGCUGGACUAGCACAGAUCACAGACCCUUCAACAUUUGCUGACUUGAGGAGUUACCCCCUUGGUGAGCAUUUUCUUCCUGGGUAUCAUUCAGCCUUUUACUUCUUAGUUCCCAUUAGUCUUUCAUUUUUCUGCUGUUGUAUCUUUUAAAGAUAUAUGUUCUGUAUCUGCUUAAUUUUCAAAAGUUGUCUGUGUUUUUCAUAUUUGCUUUUCAUCCAUAGAGUCCAGAUCACCAAUAAUAAAAAGUGAUGACAAUAUAA